GCUGACGUGAAGUUCAUGAAGAAACUCGCCGACAAGAAGUGCAAGGAGAAGGAGACGAUCACUCUCGACGCCAAGGCCACCAACCCGCACAAGCUGCCCUUCAAGUGGCUCAAGGAUGGCCAGCCAAUCAACACCGAUCUGCCCAAAUAUGAUGUUGGCCAGAAGGGAGAGGUAUUCAAACUGACUGUGAAGGAUGUGGACGUCGGUGAUGCCGGACAAUACACUUUGCAGAUUGGCGAUCGCCCAUGCCGAGCCAACGUGGCUGUGGACCCAUUGCCUCGUCCUCCAAAGAUCGACAGUGACAAAGUGAAGGAGAUCUUUGUGAAGAAGGGAGAGAAUAUUGAGGUCAACAUUCCCUUUGACG